AUGGACAGUACGUCCAUAAUUACUCAACAAUAUGGCGCCAUUCGGGGGGGCGCGAGCUGCUCACGCGGGGCUCUCGCCGUGCCGCUGGGGGGGGCUGUGUCGCGUGCAUUCUUCGCUGCUGUCCUCGUUGGGCGGCCGCCCGCGAUAUGUGCCCGGGGGCCGAAGGUAAGCAGCGGCACGGCGCGGCCCAGCAAAGGCGGCAAGGGGGGCGGGGCGCCCACCCCGUCCACGGGCACCGGCGGCAGCAGGGGUCCCCGUAAGAGCGUGCCGCCCUCCAGCAGGAAGCCCCGGCAGCGCGGCUUCCUCAACACGCUGCUCUGCUGCUUCGGGAGCAACAACCAAGGCAACAACCCCGUGAUUGCCGAGGAGAAUGGCCAGUACUCGCCCAAGCAGCAGGUGUCCAAGCGCCAGCAGCAGGCCCCACCGUGCGGUGCCUCACCCAUCGCCCAGGUGCAGCAGAACCAGGCGGCAGCCCCUGCGUUGCCACGCGAGUAUGCUGCCCAGGAGUACACCAAGCUCAGUAACCCCAACUUGCUCCAGGGCAAGUUCCUGCUGCCACCCGUGCGGCAUCAGGAUAUGCACAAGAUAUGCCUCAUCAUUGACCUCGAUGAGACAUUGGUCCAUAGCUCAUUCAAGCCCAUCAGCAAUGCUGACUUCGUGGUGCCUGUAGAGAUAGACGGCACGGUGCACCAGGUGUAUGUCUUGAAGAGGCCUUACGUGGACGAGUUUUUGCAGCGAGUUGGCGACGCCUACGAAUGUGUCUUAUUCACAGCCAGCCUUGCAAAGUAUGCUGACCCUGUGGCUGACCUGCUGGACAAGUGGGGUGUCUUCCGGGCACGGUUAUUCCGAGAGUCAUGCGUCUUCUACCGAGGGAACUAUGUCAAGGACCUUGGUAGGCUGGGUCGGGAUCUGCACAGAGUGGUGAUAAUUGACAACUCACCGGCCUCCUACAUCUUCCAUCCUGACAAUGCAGUACCUGUCGGCUCAUGGUUCGAUGACAUGUCGGACACCGAGCUGCGGGACCUGAUGCCAUUCUUCGACAAACUGAGCCGCGUCGAGGACGUGUACACGGUGCUGCGCAACUCCAACAACGCGGCUGGCGGCGGCGGCGGCGGCUCUCCGGCCUUCCCUGCACCGCUCCUGAUGAACGGCAGCGCAGCGGCUUUGCACAGCAGCGGUUCCUAGCAUUCCGCACAGUGCGGCUUGUGCAAUAGCCCCUUCUCCGCCGGCAGUACAAAAGCGCUUACGGGUCCCGUGCUAGUCUCGCCGGCCUACUUAACGUCGGAGGGGGGCUGCCCCUUUGUGCCUUGUCUCUUCCACUCUGGACGAGAGUUUGUAUAAUAACGGUGUUCCAUAAUCUCACCUGUAUCAUAGAUUAAAGACGACUAUUUCAGCCUGC